AACCAGGUGGUAUUAAUUUGACCAGACAUAUAUCUGAAGUCGCUUAAAUGUAAGGUAUGUUAUUGGUUAAACGGGUCAAUUUUGUGUUGUAUAGUCUAGAAGUUUAAAUAGUCGCUGAAAAAAUAAAGGUUUGGUUUUUUAUUUUUUUUUUUUUUUUUUUAGGUGAACAUACCAGAUUAUGUCAAUUAACAUUUGACUUGAAUUUUUUUGUAAAAAAAUGUUUUGAUUAAAUAUAUCUAAUAGAUUGUAAAAAUAUUAAUUUUAAAGUCCUUGUUGUAAGAUAAAUAAAUUUACUUGGUAAGAAGGUUCCUCUCCAGAGUUAUUGUAGGAAAAGCACUGUUCAAGCAAUCCAAUCACUAAAUAUUUACAAAUGCUAUUCAAUCAGGUAUACUUUCAUUAAUUAUACAUAGGGUGACAUUCUCUCCACAAAAAUAUUGCCCUAUGGAGCAGGAAAUAUUACCUUUAUGGCCAGUUUUAUUUUAUGACCAUUUCUCAGAUGGUCAAAGAGUGAUACACAGUACUUGGUGAGGCAGGUUGAAAUAAUCAGUUUUAAUCAGUUCACUGGAGGCUAGAACAUCAAAUGGAUGAAAUAGAGCAUUGACCCUGGUGGUAAUCACUAGUGGACAGUGGUCAGGCACUGAUGGAGGUCGCCUUGUAAGUUGCUGGGAUAUAGGUUUAGCUAGAUAUAAAAUUGAGUAAUUCUUGAAGGACUGAGGUCAUUGAAAUACUCAUUUACUUUCUCUGGAACCAUUCCAUAUUAUGAAUUAGAGAUUAGGCUUUUAAACAUCAUAAUCGGCUGCUUCUUCAAUGAAAAUGGAACUCAAGAAAUAUUCAUACCUUGUGAUCAGUCAUCUAAAAAAUUGCUUUGUUAAACACCACUCUUAUUCUACACACAAGUACUCUGAGGUUGAUAUUAAAUAGAUUGAUUGAUUGUUUUUUUCUCUAUGUCCUGUAGAGAAUUUUUCACUCAAAUUGAGAUGUCACCAGCUACCACAGAUGUAGACCUAUGCUUAGUGCUCAUGGCCAUUGCAGCGAGGGCUUUUUAUUGUGCCAAUGUCUGCCGCAACAUGGGACCUCCUUUUUAAAUUCAUAUCCGAAAGACCCAUGCUUCUCACUUCUAAAUGUCGAUCGUUUGGUGAAGGGACAUGGGCUCGAAUUCACAACCUCCCAGUUACAUAGAUGCUGCUUGAGUCUGUUGUUGACAAUAAUUAUUUAUAUGGUCUUUGAUGAUCAAGUCUUCCAUCAGUCUACUGGAAUUCCCAUGGACACAAAUUGUGCUCCUUUAUUAGCUGACCUGCUUUUAUAGUCUUGUGAGGCAGAAUUUAUUCAAAAGAUUCUACAUGAGAAGAGAAAAUCUCUUGUUCAUACAUAGAAGAUGUUUUAUCUAUUAACAAUGCUCACUUUCAUUCACAUGUAAAUUCAGUAUAUAUCCCAGUGAACUUGAAAUAAAAGACAUCACAAAGUCUUCCAUAUCUACUUCAUAUUAAGAUAUUUUAUUGAACAUAGAUGUUUUAAAUAUGGCAAACUUUCAAUUCAACUUUAUGACAAAUUGGAUAAAUUCAGCUUUCCCAUAAUCAACUUUACAUAUAUUUAUGAAGAAUAUUCCAUUAUCACCUGCAUAUGGUGUUUAUGUUUCUCAACUGAUUCAAUAUUUGAAAGCAUGUUCUGUGUAUGAUCAAUUAUUAUAUGCCUGUCUUUUUCCUGUAAUGGAUGCAUGUACAACAUUGAAAUUUGGUCACAAUUUCUCCCUCAAGAAGCGUAAAGGUGGGUUUGCAUUUCAGCUGGAUGGUACAUCAUGACCUACCUACUAUAAGGCUAAUAGUAGGUCAAAUAGUUUUACAUAUUGUUUUUGUUAUGGAUACAUUGCCUUGAAAUGUAGUCACACAACCUUCCUCUCAGAUAAAUAUAAAUUCAUUUUCCAUUUUAGCUUAAUUGGUGCACUGUAACCUACUUUAUGGCUAAAAGUAGAUCAAGUAAUUUUCUGGACUUUUCCUCAUGAAUAGAUAUUGCACUGAAAUUUUGUCAUCACUGUCUGACAGGCAUAUGAUAUACUAUUUGAGGUACUCUUGUUAAAUCAAGACAGGCUACUGAAAAUAGUUAAUGUUACAGGGGUUUCAACAGUUUUGUUUCAAGUCAGCAUUUUACAAAUUCCAUGGUCAUUAUGAUGAUUUAAUUUAUGAAAUAAUCCUGUUGUUAGUUCGAUUGUUGUCUAAUGUGUUUCAUGCCAAUUGUAAGUCCAUUCUUUACACACUGAUUCCUACUCUGGAUUACUCUGUUCACCUGAUCAAGAAAUAGGACUCAUGGUGGGUGUGACUAGUCUACAGGAUGCUUACUCCUCCUAGGCAUUUGAUUCCACCUCUGGUGUGACAAUAGGCCUGUGUUUGCCUACUCUCAGUUUUGUAGUCAGGUGCUCUACCAACUGAGCUAUCUGGCCUCCACUGAACCUGUCUGACCGCUACAUUCCUUUCUCCUUUCUUCACUGUGGAAGACAUCAACUCAGAUUCUAUUUGCUCAUGGCAGGACUUUCACCUGCAAGUUCAGGGAUGGUCAAUGGCACCAACUGUAACCAGAAGGGAAAAUAUACCAGAGACUAGACAUGGAUUCAUUCCCGGCCCUCUCCCCCUGAUUCUCUAGUCAGGCGCUCUACCAACUGAGCAAUCUGGCCACUAGAGAUCGAACCCGUCUGACUGCUACACAUGAUAAAGUGGCACAACCAAAUCCGAAACCACUUCACCCAUAUCCUGCAAAAAAACUACUUAUGGUGCUCAUAAGCACACAGUCACGCUGAUGGCAUUAAGCAGUGGCAAUCAAUGGCUAAUAUUUCAAUACCAAGGUGAUUUUGCUACUUUAAAACAUUUGGUGUAUUUGACAACGGCUCACAAUAUCACACUAAAUAAUGACAUCACACUACCAAUUUGACCAUUUAUGUUGAAGAAAGCAUCCAUGGCCAUUCCAUAGUUUUUCCAACUUGUAGGAAAUGUGAUUUUACAAUGACUCAUGUACAUUUAGUAGUGUAAAUAUAAGGUUUAAUUGUUGAUCACAGGUUAUUCAAUUUGUCUGCACACCGUUGCAUAUUUAUCAGCACAUAGAUGUCAAAAAAUAAACAUGCAAUGUUUAAUGGGUAGCAGUAGGCUGUGGCAGUAAAAUGAUCUCUCUCUCUCUCUCUCUCUCUCUCUCUCUCGCUCUCUCUCAGAUGAUACCAACCUUUUUAAAAAAAAGAAAAAAGAUACUGCAUGCAAUGAAUUAAAAUCACUUUGAUUUGAUAGUCUAAGAAUUUAUUAAUUUCAAAAGUUAUAUUUUUUGUUCAUAAAGAUCAAAGACUUGUUUUAAAAGAUAUGCACCACAAUUUUAAGUAUGCUGUGACUUAGAUGUUUAUGAAAGAUGAAACUUUAUUGCUUAAGUGGACUAAAUGCAAAAUUAUUAUCCACCAUACAUGUAUGUGUGUGUCAAAAUAUGAAAAUUUCUCGCAAACUUGGAUAAUUUUCUUUAACCUAGCUAGUAUAACAUGUAUAAAAUUGUAACAUAAUCCAAACUUUUUUUCUCUCCAUAAAUACAUUAAUUUCUUUGAUUGAAAGAUUUUGAACUGUUUUGAAUUGGAAUGUGUACCAUCAAAUCAGUGCGUAGACCAUAUAGGUGUAUGUACUGAGAAACUAUCGGGAAAAAGGUUGGGACAGCUGACUCCGAAUGAAACAAUAAAAUUCUUUGUUUCUGAUAAAAUAUACUUGUAUAUUUCUAAUCUGUGCGUCAUUUACAUUUGAAUUGUGCACCACCUAAACCCCAGUGGCAAUAUGUUUGUUUAAUCAGAUUCAUGACAUAUCCUCUUCAGCCUUGGGGAGGCACAUACAGCACGAGUGUACAGUUUUCAAAUGAUAAGACGCAUUCAUUCAGCAAAAUGACCAAAUAAGGAGUGUGUACGCUUGCAGGAGUACUCAGUUGUUAUUUUUCUAUAAAAAGAUGGUAGAUUUAAAAUAUAUAAUUAUUCUGACACUGGAGAGUUAAAUCCUUCCUGAUUUGAAGAUGACGUUGACAUUGAUAGAAUAGUUUCCUCAUUUCAUCAUCAGCGUAACUGUGUCAGGCUAAUGACGGUACGAGAUAAACCUAUUUCUAGAGGAUUAAACAGUACCACCUGGUGAUCAUUUGCAUUCUACUAAUUUUAAUUAUAGUAUGUACACAGUAAGUACUGAUAUUUUUGCUUCAAUUCUUGACUUGGAACUUCAAUGAAAUAUUUCCGCAAACUUGUUUAAAAGCACGUACAUAGAAAAAGGAAUAUCAUACAAGAUUCAUGUAAAGAGAUUCAAGGUUGUGUUCAAGUGGUCACUGUACACUAAAACUUCAGACACAGUAAAAUUAUUAAAUGCUUUAAAUUCAGAGUUAUAGAACUUUUCUUUUUUUUUCCCAAUGAAAUACGGUACAGUAAACAUGAUUAGUGCGACGUGGAAAAUUAUAUUUAUGUAAGUGGUAGCACUAACUAGAUACAUUUACAUGUAUAUAUUUCAGUUGCCCUUCAAAAAAUUAUCCAUUUAGGAUUGAUGUAUGUGUGAAGGAAUUUAACUAGAAUAUAUUCAAUAUGUACGAGACGUAUGUGUAAUUUAAGAAUUGAAUAGCUUAGAUUAAUAUAUAAUUGAUUGAUUUAAUUUCUAUGGAGACUGUUUACAUGCAUUACACCAGAACUCAUGAAUACAUCAUGAGGCGAGGUGAGAAGUGCUGCUAAUUAACAUACUGGAUGGAAAGUCCAGGUUUUUUUUUUAUUUAACUGACAUUUGAUCUUGAGGUUCAUAAGUUCUUGUUCUAGUUAACGGCUUGUUGUGGGAGUGCAAGAAUGACAUAAAACGACCAGAAUGCCUCUGUUUCAUGACCAGUGGUUUGAUUCAUUGUAGAUCUUUUACCCGUCAGCGAUCAAUCAAAGAUUUCAUGUGAUGAAGGAAUUCUAAUGUGAACAGUUCACUCGUUUUCUAGAGACUAUUGGAAUUAUUUGACACAGGUCGACUGCUCAUCAAACCCUGUCAUUCGCGGACCUCAGCAUGAACAACAAUAAUUUUGAUCCAUUUCAAAUAUUUGAGGUGACUCACGACCCUUGUGCCGUUCUCUAUGUCCGAGUCGUGCGUGGAAUUCAAAUAACAAAGGGCUACUAUCAAGAUAUGUUGGACACUCCUGACCCCUAUGUGGUGUUGAUGGUGCAUGGAGCUCCAAACUGUUACCAGAGAACAAGUUCAAUUGACAACAACAUCAAUCCAGAAUGGAAUGAAACAUUUAAGUUUUACUUAAAUCCUAAAUUAUGUACUGAAGUGGAAGUGACAUUAAUGGAUGCUAACUACACCUAUGAUGAAAUGCUUGGAGAACCUCAAAGAAUAUCUCUACAUAGUCUUCCAUAUGAUAAAGUAGACCACACUCUUAAAUUCAACGAGACCUCAGAAGUUGUUAUUGAAAUGUGGGCAAACCACAGAUGUGAACCUCAGCUUAGAUUUAGUUUAACACUCUGCAGAGAAGAAAUAGAAUUUCUCGAAAGAAGACGAAAAAAAGUGUUUGAAGUUAUGAAGAAAAUCUUAGGUGAAGAUGCCCCAACAAAAGAAAGAGAUGUUCCUAACAUAGGUGUGAUAGGGUCUGGUGGGGGAUUCCGUGCCAUGACAGCUUACAGCGGAGUGUUUACGGCCUUAGUGGACAGCCAUAUUUUGGACAUGACUACUUAUGCAGGGGGACUCUCAGGAUCAGCCUGGUAUUUGUCCCAAUUAUAUUCUCAUCCAGACUGGCCCAGGAAAACUCCUGGAGAACUUCAAGAGGAGUUGGGCAGAAACAUAGAGCAUAGUCCCUUCUGGCUCCUGAGUCCACAGAGCUUGUGUACCUACAUCUCUAGAAUCGUCCACAAACGGCGACUGGGGCAGCCUGUCAGCUUCACCGACUUCUUUGGUUGCUUAGUGGGAGACACAAUUCUCAAAAACAGACUGGAAUCCAAGCUGACGGAUCAGCAAGAUAUCCUGAAGAAAGCUGAUGUGCCCAUGCCAUUGUAUACAUGCCUUCACGUCAAAAAGAAUGUCUCAGCGGAAGUCUUUCAUGAGUGGAUGGAAUUCACUCCCUAUGAAAUAGGCCUUCCAAAAUAUGGAACAUUUAUGAAGACUCAGUUGUUUGGAAGCAAGUUCUUCAUGGGUCAGUUGGUCACACAACAUGAGGAGCCACCCCUGCAUUUCCUCAUGGGUGUGUGGGGGAGUGCCUUUUGUAUACAGAUAUCAAGGUUGCUAAGGGAUGACAAAAAAGUAAAAUGUGAGCAAGAUAUAUCAGAGGACAUGGAGCAGGAAAGAAAGGAAAUGGAAAGGGAAUUGUUGCAAGAUAUGUCGACUCAGUCAGAUGAAGACAGUGUCUCGAGCGAGUCCGACAGCGAGGACAAUGAAUCUCGGAAAAACUACAAAAUGAAACCAAAGAAAGCCCUGAAAAUCAGCAAAAAUAAAACAUCCAGCAAACCAUCGUUCUGGAAGGACAUGUUUAAGAACGUUUAUCAAAGCACCCACAUGUUGAAAUCCAUAGAAGGCCGAGCAGCCAAGGUUCACAGUUUUAUGAGGGGGUUGUCGAUGUCCACCUGCUACCCCUUUUCACCGUUCACGGAACCCAGCAGUGCCUCAUUAUUUGAUGAUCUGGAUGCCUCGUACAGUGGAGCUAAUCCAUUUUCAAAGAUCUUUGAGAUGUACCCCACCUCAAUAAAGAAGCUGUAUGUUGUGGAUGGUGGACUGACAUUUAACUCUCCCUACUCCCUCGUUCUCCGGCCGCAGAGGGAGGUGGACCUGAUACUGUCAUUUGAUUUCAGUGCCAGGCCCAGUGACACCGCUCUACCAUUUAAGGAAAUCAUGUUAGCUCAGCAGUGGGCUAAUUUGAACAAAGUGCCAUUUCCAAAGAUUGACCCUAACAUUGUAAAUGUGGAAGGUCGCAAGGAGUGCUAUGUAUUCGAGGAACCCGGUGAUCCCAAGUGUCCCAUUGUCUUACAUUUUGUGUUAGCCAAUAUAAAAUUCAGAGACGAGACCAAACCAGGAGUUCCAAGGACAACAGAAGAAGAGAAAGCUUUUGCUGACUUUGACAUUUUUGAUGACCCCAAGCAGCCUUACUCCACAUUCAAUUUCAAAUAUCCGAAGGAAUCCUUCGACAGACUGACAAAACUCACUGAAUAUAAUACCUUGUUGUUCAGAGACCUCAUUAUAGAAAAAAUCAAGUACUGUGUUCGUCGGAGGCAGAAGCAUUACACUGAAAUCAAACGUCCUAUAAGACUCGGGGAUAUUAGAAAACUCACCCUGUCUAGAGAACACUCUCGGGAUCUGGAGACAUAUCUCGGCACCCUUGAUGAAGUGUAGACUCACUAUUUGCGACAAAUUAGUUUUCUAAUGACCGAUCCAAUUUGUGUUUCAAAAGGGCAACUUCCAGAUUUAGCAACAAAUUGUUUUCCCAAAUACUUUAUACAUCUACAUUCAUGUUUUAGCCAUGGUUUUGCAAAUGAUAGCUCAGCUGAGAUGAAUUGUUCUACCGAUAAAUUUAUUUGAUAUCCAUUUCAGUGACUAGAGUUAUCUGCAUGAAAUUUUAAAGUAUAUUUUUUAGAUUUUUAAAACUAGAGUGAUUGAUUUGAGAUUGUUACUGUAUUAUUAGUUUUGAAAUUAAUUUACUGAGAUUCAUGGAAUGAUGUAAGAAUUCAAUAUCUAUAUUGUCAAGAGAUUUUGUGCAAUACUCACGUGUGUGUGCUACGAGAUAUUCAUUCUGCUUUAUUUUUUCUAUAUUUUACGAUUUUGAAAUGCUAUAAAAAAUGUUUAUAUAAUUUUCAGUUAUUGAACAAAAUUCUAAGAAAUUCAAUCAUCUCAAGUAUUGCUUUUUGUCGUCUGUUUUUAUAUACUAGUAGUUAUAUUCUUGUGUAAAUUUAGAAAUCUGCAUCAAGCUAUUUUGAAUGUGUCACAUCUUUUUCAUGAGCAAAUUUUAUUGCCCAAAACCUUUUUUUAGAAUUAGUUUAAGAGAUACAGUUGUGUAUUUGACUUAUUUCUAUUGUGAUGUUUAUGAAUUGAGUCUAGUCAGAUUAAGGUAGUCAAUCCAUAGUGAAGGUUAUUUCAACAAAUUUAAAUGUUGUUACAGAUUGAAGACAUAUCAAAAUCAUAUACAGUUUAUUAGGAACAAAUUUCAGUUGACUGUGUAUAGGUUACUGUACAUACAUAUUUUUUUGUUGAAAACAAAUAUAUUUUAUUUUACAGUAUAUAGAAUUACUGUAUAACCUUGAGAUCAAUUUGAAGGUUAAUUUAACAAAAUUAAAUGAAAAUGAUUCACCAAGAGAGCUUGAAAACAAAUAAAUUGUUAGAUAUAAUUUCGUUUAAUUUUGUGUGUUGACCUCUAUAUUUCUUUGUGAAUUUUAGUAAACAAUGUAUUUACAAGAUAUUUUUUAAUUUGACUUUUAUUAUAAGCAUUCGCAAAAAUAUCCCUUCUCAGUUUAGACAACAUGAACAUUACUCUUAAGAAUUUACCGUAUUAUUUGGGUGGUAUAUACGUCAUUACCUAGUAUUUCUGAAAGCUCUCUUGGUGAAUCAUUUUCAUUUAAUUUUGUUAAAUUAACCUUCAAAUUGAUCUCAAGGUUAUACAGUAAUUCUGUAGAUUCCUAAAGUAUGCGAGGAAUUUAUUAUUGCAGAAUUUAACGUGAAGUUUAUCCCUCAAAAAUAAAAUAUAUUUAUUUUUAUAUUUAAUACUGAAAUACAUGCAAAAUCUCUUGAUCAACAGACUACUCUUGAAUUCAUGCUCUUGCGAUUUAAAUGACGUCUACAGGUCAUUUUGUGAUAUAAAGUACUUAACUUGCGUAAAAUAAAGGAAUCUACGGUAGAUAACCUUUGAUAAAAAAAAUAUAUAUGUAUAUAUAGGGCCAUUAUGGAUUAAUUGACUAUACCUGAAAUCAAAAAACAAUUGUUUGCCAUGUGGGUCUACAUACAGCAUACUUGCUGUGGUGAAAAAGAUUAUUUUACUGAAUAUGAGGUUUUUGAAUUUUUACUAUGAAGAUAUAUAUUGUUUUUACAUUUUACAUGAAAUAUUAAAGAUUUUUUUUUUUACUUAUAUAUUUUAUAACUUGGGAAGUAAAAUUAUAAUUGAAAUAAGAUGCAUGUGAAUAAAGAUGUGAUGAAAGUGA